CGAACUGUGGGAACACAAUGAGGUCGGAAGCUAUAGACUCCGAAAGGCAGCACCGAAGGCGGAUGUUAGUGUACCGGCCGUCUCCUGAUAACUUACCGGCAGCGCAAAGAGCAGAACCCGAGACCCAGCCCGGUACCUAUCCCACCGGCACUCCCGGGCGCCGAGAGAGGCGAGCCGGGCGCCGGCGGCAUCUUCCUUCAUCCCCUCUGGAAAGACGACACAAGAAGGUGUUAACAGUGGCGCUGACGGACAUCUCGAAAGAGGUGGAGAUCCGUCAUGCAAAGUCCAACCUUAACGACAGACCAAGCACCAGCGAGGAUUCGGCAGAGAACAGCGAACCUGCCCCUAAGAAAAGAGACCGUCCGGACUCUUCCUUUCACUUGGCUCCACCUAGUAUCUUACCUUCGCAUGCAGUAACCACUCCCCUGGCGGCCCUGUCUCCACCCCCUUACCCCUCAGAAGCACCCAGUAGUCCUCCCAAACUUCAGAGCUGGAGUCUGGUUCCCAUUCUGCACAGCGUGCGCUCCAAGCUGGAGAGCUUUGCUGACAUUUUUCUCAGCCCCAUUAAAUGCCGUAGCGGCUGGAGGACUGAACAGUCCAGCCUGGCGGGCCCCGGUGGAGCAGAACCUCGGAGCGAGGCGGAGGAAGGAGGGGAACUGAAUCGAGCAGGAGAGAAAGCGGCACAAGCGGUGGAGGAGUCCCAGGAAGAGAUGGACGACUGUGUGCGGACGAGUUUGCGGCAUUCAGUAGACCGCACACAGACGGAGCUGGCUGCGAGCACUCUGUGUCUCGUUACACAACCUCCCACCAACGAUAAGCAGGGGCUGUGCCAGCCGUCUCCAGAGGAGCUGCAGCACGGGACUGAUGGGAGAGGCAUGAGGGAGAGCAGCACUUCAGACAGGACUUCCCUCACCACCACAAAACCAAGGACUGGUAUGAAGAUUGAGCUAAAGAUCGCGGUGUCUGCGCUGGGCAGACCCCCGCUCGAGCGCCGUUUCUCCUGUCCCUCUCGGCUCCUCUCUCCCGUUCGUGUGACUCCCUGCUCUCCUCCGGCUGGUCCGGGAGAUGCUGGGGAGAGCGGCAAUCUAGUGCUGCUCCCCCGCAGAGCCAGCUAUCCCUACAGGAGACGGCACAGUCUGGGCGCAGCGGACGAGCGAAAGGCAAUGUCGCUCUCGGCCUUCUCUUUUACUUGUCUGAGGAAAGAAAAGCAUCCGUUCCUUUUAUGCCAUUCGGGUGGCCCUGGAACCUACCAGCCGGUGGAUAACGGGAGGACAAACCACCAGCCAGUAGGUCAGGUGUCCUGUCAGAGCCCGAGCGUCGCCAGAAAUGGGUUAAGACAUCAGUUUCUCCCAACACAGACCCACCUUGGGGGGGGACGUCAGCUAGAAGAUUCCUCUCUUUCCAGUUCAGAAACGAAGGGAAAAGAAAAUGCCACCAUCUGUGGGAAAGUGUCAAACUUCCAAAUACGAAAGAGACCCACAAGGCACGAAGGGAACCUGACCCCACUGGGGCUCCCAAAACGAGCAAGAUUAGAGAAAGAAGAAUUCAGCCUUGAGGAGAUCUACACCAAUAAGAAUUACCGCACCCCAACUGAGAAAAGAACAUUCGAGACCAUCUUUGAGGAGCCUGUGAUGAGGGGGGGGAACCUUAUCCUGACAAGCCAGCGGCCCCUGAGGCGGCUCAUUGUUUUCCGGGACAGCGGAGUUCAUCCUCGCAGACAAAGGAAAAAGGGAAGAGGUGGAGGCCGCGGCCGCAGAGGAGACCCCAGUAAUACAGCCAAGAGCCGUGACUUGGAGCUCUUGCUAGAGAACAAACUGACCCAGCUGGACGCGGCUUUGCGGGGCGCCGAGGCGGCAGAAACGGACCUGUCAGGCUGUUUCUAGCGGACUUCUGGCCCCAACGCCGUCUUAAUGGCAGCCAUCGUUUUCUUUGGACUACAUCAACCUCCAGGAGCCAUCCACAUUGAUGACAUUACGAUCUGCCCGCCUGCUGAGGUGCCAACUGUGCCGGCCCCGGCCCCCAGGAUCCGGCCCAUGCGCACGGAAUUGAUGUAAAGGAAGCCACGUUGUGCCCAUAUGGGCCGCUCUCUGAUUCUUUGUAUUAUAAUUUUGCCUAAUAGUAAAUAAAAAAUAACCUGGACGUCAGUC